AUGGAGCCGAGCAAAGAAGCUCAAGCGGUGGACGAGCACAUGGACGCUGAGAAUAUGCCGGCAGCCAUCCAAGACCUCAAAAAGAAGGGAGGUGAAGUGGAAAAAGCCAAACAUGCCCCGGCAGUGCAAUCCAAGGCGGACUGGAGUGCUGUUCGAACAAAGCUUGAACAGCUCUGCGUCGGGAUCACCGCGUUUGCAUUCAAAGGACAGGGACGUGGAACCCAAAGAGGUGUGUCGCUGUUGAGCCCACUCGAAAAGGGACAUCUGCUCUUCAAAUGCGGAGACGACUACGCCCUGAAAGCUGUCUUGAAGCUCGCUUACGACACCUGCAUCGACUGGACAGACUUUCUUUGCAACACGGACGCAAUUACGAAACACGCCAAGAUCGAAGGGCAUUCUAUUGAGAGAUCUUACAAUGAAGCAUUACAAGCAUUCCGUCGAGAGAUUGAGGGACAGGCCACGAAGGAGCUACCCACCAAGUCUGGACCAGUUGGAUACGCCACUUUCGAGGGAGGAAGCCCCAUGGAAAGAGAUGGCACUCGAGGAAGAGUGGCAACAAAAGUAGCAACGACGUUCGCUAGACUGCUUGACGUGCUAGAAGAAUGGCGCUCAUACAAAGCCUGGGUGAUAGUGUGGCCAUUGGAUAGUAAUCCAGCCGAUGAUGUUCCGCAGAAGAUGAUGGUAGCGGCGAAGGAAUACCUUGAGGAGGGCGGAAAAAUAGUUACUGCAUGGCCACCGAUAACGUCGAAGAAUCAUGAUUUGUGGCGUGAACUAUCGGGACUAUGGAAGACUUUUGAUGAAACGCUGAUACAGUGCGACAAGGGGAGGCAAGUCUUCACAACCGCGAGCAACUUUGGAAUGAAAGGGAAGCUGUUUAUAGAGGCAGGAGCCCCGGAAGGAGGCGCGCAGUUCUUCAAUAGUUAUGUGGGAACCGCCAUGAAUAAGUAUAUCUACGAAUGUGUCAGAAGGCGAGCAGUGGAUGCUCAUCUGCCCGAACUGGACGUCUACAGACCACGUAUCAGGACAUCGAGGACGAUGUCUCCAAGCGGGGAGGGCAUGUCAGGCCCAUGGCCACUAAAGAGAAGGCCGAUGUAG